GUGAGGGCCAGGCCGGGGAGGCGGAGUUCGCGAGAGAUCGGAGGCCCUGUGUCUCGGGCCCCGGCCGGCUCAGAAUGGAACACAGGAGGCCCUGGCCGCGGGCGGCAGACGGGGACGGCUGGCCUGUGGUCCUGCUCUCGGCCGUCUGCGUGCUGCUGGCGCCCCGGGCGGCCGGCGUGCCCCAGUUCAGCACCUUCCACUCGGAGAACCGGGACUGGACCUUCAACCACCUGACGGUGCACCGCGGCACCGGGGCGGUGUACGUGGGGGCCAUCAACCGCGUGUACAAGCUGACGGGCAACCUCACCAUUCAGGUGGCUCACAAGACCGGGCCGGAGGAGGACAACAGGUCCUGCUACCCGCCGCUGAUCGUGCAGCCCUGCGGCGAGGUGCUCACGCUGACCAACAACGUCAACAAGCUGCUCAUCAUCGACUACUCGGAGAACCGGCUGCUGGCCUGCGGCAGCCUGUACCAGGGCGUGUGCAAGCUGCUGCGGCUCGACGACCUCUUCAUCCUGGUGGAGCCGUCCCACAAGAAGGAGCACUACCUGUCCAGCGUCAACAAGACGGGCACGAUGUACGGGGUGAUCGUGCGCUCGGAGGGCGAGGACGGCAAGCUCUUCAUCGGCACGGCCGUGGACGGCAAGCAGGACUACUUCCCCACGCUGUCCAGCCGCAAGCUGCCGCGCGACCCCGAGUCCUCCGCCAUGCUCGACUACGAGCUGCACAGCGACUUCGUCUCCUCGCUCAUCAAGAUCCCCUCCGACACCCUGGCCCUGGUGGCCCACUUCGACAUCUUCUACAUCUACGGCUUCGCCAGCGGGGCCUUCGUCUACUUCCUGACGGUCCAGCCCGAGACCCCCGAGGGCGUGGCCAUCAACUCGGCCGGGGACCUUUUCUACACCUCGCGCAUCGUGCGGCUCUGCAAGGAAGACCCCAAGUUCCACUCCUACGUGUCCCUGCCCUUCGGCUGCACGCGGGCCGGCGUGGAAUACCGCCUCCUGCAGGCCGCCUACCUCGCCAAGCCCGGGGACGCCCUGGCGCGGGCCUUCAACAUCAGCGGCCAGGACGACGUGCUCUUCGCCAUCUUCUCCAAAGGGCAGAAGCAGUACCACCACCCGCCAGAUGACUGCGCGCUCUGCGCCUUCCCCAUCCGCGCCGUCAACCUGCAGAUCAAGGAGCGCCUGCAGUCCUGCUAUCAGGGCGAGGGCAACCUGGAACUCAACUGGCUGCUGGGGAAGGACGUGCAGUGCACCAAGGCGCCAGUGCCCAUCGAUGACAACUUCUGUGGGCUGGACAUCAACCAGCCGCUUGGAGGCUCGGUCCCAGUGGAGGGCCUGACCUUGUACACCACCAGCCGGGACCGCAUGACCUCGGUGGCCUCCUAUGUUUACAACGGCUACAGCGUGGUGUUCGUGGGGACAAAAAGCGGCAAGCUGAAGAAGAUUCGAGCCGACGGUCCCCCCCACGGAGGGGUCCAAUAUGAGAUGGUCUCCGUGCUGAAAGACGGGAGCCCCAUCCUCCGGGACAUGGCCUUCUCCAUCGACCAGCGCUACCUGUACAUCAUGUCUGAGAGGCAGAUCACCAGGGUCCCCGUGGAAUCCUGUGAGCAGUACACGACUUGCGGGGAGUGCCUGAGCUCGGGGGACCCUCACUGCGGCUGGUGUGCCCUGCACAACAUGUGUUCCCGCAGGGACCGGUGCCAGCGGGCCUGGGAGCCUAACCGAUUCGCCGCCAGCAUCAGCCAGUGCGUGAGGCUCGAGGUGCAGCCCAGCAGCAUCUCCGUGUCUGAGCACAGCCGGCUGCUCAGCCUGGUUGUGAGCGAUGCCCCCGAUCUGUCUGUGGGCAUCUCCUGUGCCUUUGGGAACCUGACAGAGGUAGAGGGACAAGUAUCUGGGAGCCAGGUCAUCUGCAUCUCACCGGGACCCAAGGAUGUGCCUGUCAUCCCUCUGGAUCAGGACUGGUUUGGCCUAGAGCUGCAGCUGAGAUCCAAGGAGACAGGGAAGAUAUUCGUCAGCACUGAGUUCAAGUUCUACAACUGCAGCGCCCACCAACUGUGCCUGUCCUGUGUCAACAGCGCCUUCCGCUGCCAUUGGUGCAAAUACCGAAACCUCUGCACUCAUGACCCCACCACCUGCUCCUUCCAGGAGGGCCGGAUCAACAUUUCAGAGGACUGCCCCCAGCUGGUCCCCACCGAGGAGAUCCUGAUACCAGUCGGGGAAGUGAAGCCAAUCACCCUCAAGGCCCGAAACCUGCCCCAGCCUCAGUCCGGCCAGCGGGGCUAUGAAUGCGUCCUCAACAUCCAGGGGGCAGUCCACCGGGUCCCUGCCCUGCGCUUCAACAGCUCCAGCGUCCAGUGCCAGAACAGUUCGUACCAGUAUGACGGCAUGGACAUCAGCAACCUGGCUGUGGACUUCGCUGUGGUGUGGAAUGGCAAUUUCAUCAUCGACAACCCUCAGGACCUGAAAGUCCACCUCUACAAGUGUGCAGCCCAGCGGGAGAGCUGCGGCCUCUGCCUCAAGGCCGACCGGAAGUUUGAGUGCGGCUGGUGCAGCGGCGAGCGCAGAUGCACCCUCCAGCAGCACUGCAGCGGCUCCUCCAGCCCCUGGCUCGACUGGUCCAGCCACAACGUCAAGUGCUCCAACCCCCAGAUCACCGAGAUCCUGACGGUGUCCGGACCUCCUGAAGGGGGCACUCGAGUGACCAUCCAUGGCGUGAACCUGGGCCUGGACUUCUCGGAGAUCGCCCACCACGUGCAGGUGGCGGGGGUGCCCUGCACGCCCCUGCCAGGGGAUUACAUCAUCGCUGAGCAGAUCGUCUGUGAGAUGGGCCAUGCCCUCGUGGGAACCACCUCUGGGCCUGUGCGCCUCUGCAUCGGCGAGUGUCAGCCGGAGUUCAUGACCAAGUCCCACCAACAGUACACCUUUGUGAACCCUUCCGUGAUGUCACUCAACCCCAUCCGAGGGCCUGAGUCUGGAGGCACCAUGGUGACCAUCACGGGCCACUAUCUCGGGUCUGGAAGCAGCGUGGCCGUUUAUCUGGGCAACCAGACCUGCGAGUUCUACGGGCGGUCCAUGAACGAGAUCGUGUGCGUCUCACCCCCGUCGUCCAACGGGCUGGGGCCGGUCCCCGUCUCCGUGAGCGUCGACCGGGCCCGCGUGGACAACAACCUGCAGUUCGAGUACAUCGAUGACCCCCGUGUGCAGCGCGUCGAGCCGGAGUGGAGCAUCGCCAGCGGCCACACGCCCCUGACCAUCACGGGCUUCAACCUGGAUGCCAUUCAGGAACCAAGGAUCCGCGUCAAGUUUAAUGGCAAAGAAUCUGUCAACGUGUGCAAAGUUGUGAACACCACCACCCUGACCUGCCUGGCACCCUCGCUGACCACGGACUAUCGGCCCGGCCUGGACACCGUGGAGCGGCCAGACGAGUUUGGAUUUGUCUUUAACAACGUCCAGUCCUUGCUGAUUUACAACGACACCAAGUUCAUCUACUACCCCAACCCGACCUUUGAACUGCUCAGCCCUACUGGAGUCUUGGACCAAAAGCCAGGAUCCCCCAUCAUUCUGAAGGGCAAAAAUCUUUGCCCUCCUGCCUCUGGAGGUGCCAAACUCAACUACACAGUGCUGAUUGGGGAGACCCCGUGUGCUGUCACCGUGUCCGAGACGCAGCUCCUCUGCGAGCCUCCCAACCUCACGGGGCAGCACAAGGUCAUGGUCCACGUGGGCGGGAUGGUGUUCUCUCCCGGCUCCGUGAGUGUCAUCUCGGACAGCUUGCUGACCCUGCCCGCCAUCGUGAGCAUCGCGGCGGGCGGCAGCCUCCUGCUCAUCAUUGUCAUCAUCGUGCUCAUUGCCUACAAGCGCAAGUCUCGAGAGAACGACCUCACUCUCAAGCGGCUCCAAAUGCAGAUGGACAACCUGGAGUCCCGCGUGGCCCUGGAGUGUAAGGAAGCUUUUGCCGAGCUCCAGACAGACAUCAACGAGCUGACCAGUGACCUGGACCGCUCAGGAAUCCCCUACCUCGACUAUCGGACCUAUGCUAUGCGCGUCCUGUUCCCGGGCAUCGAGGACCAUCCCGUCCUGCGUGAGCUGGAGGUGCAGGGCAACGGGCAGCAGCACGUGGAGAAGGCCCUGAAGCUCUUCGCGCAGCUCAUCAACAACAAGGUGUUCCUGCUGACCUUCAUCCGCACCCUGGAGCUUCAGCGUAGCUUCUCCAUGCGGGACCGCGGCAACGUGGCCUCGCUCAUCAUGACGGGCCUGCAGGGCCGCCUGGAGUAUGCCACCGACGUGCUCAAGCAGCUGCUGUCCGACCUCAUCGACAAGAACCUGGAAAACAAGAACCACCCCAAGCUGCUGCUCCGGAGGACAGAGUCUGUGGCGGAGAAAAUGCUGACCAAUUGGUUUGCCUUCCUCCUGCACAAGUUCCUGAAGGAGUGCGCCGGGGAGCCUCUGUUCAUGCUUUACUGCGCCAUCAAGCAGCAGAUGGAGAAGGGCCCCAUCGACGCCAUCACGGGCGAGGCGCGCUACUCGCUGAGCGAGGACAAGCUCAUCCGGCAGCAGAUCGACUACAAGACCCUGAUUCUGAACUGCGUCAACCCUGACAAUGAGAACAGCCCGGAGAUCCCAGUGAAGGUGUUAAACUGUGACACCAUCACACAGGUCAAGGAGAAGAUCCUCGACGCAGUCUACAAGAACGUGCCCUACUCCCAGCGGCCCAGGGCUGUGGACAUGGACUUGGAGUGGCGGCAAGGCCGGAUCGCCAGGGUCGUGCUGCAGGAUGAGGACAUCACGACCAAGAUCGAGGGCGACUGGAAGAGGCUGAACACGCUCGUGCACUAUCAGGUGUCAGACAGAUCGGUGGUGGCCCUGGUCCCCAAGCAGACCUCCUCCUACAACAUCCCUGCCUCCGCCAGCAUCUCCCGGACGUCCAUCAGCAGAUACGACUCCUCCUUCAGAUACACAGGCAGCCCCGACAGCCUGCGGUCUCGGGCCCCCAUGAUCACCCCGGACCUGGAGAGCGGGGUCAAGGUGUGGCAUCUGGUGAAGAACCACGACCACGGGGACCAGAAGGAGGGGGACCGGGGCAGCAAGAUGGUGUCUGAGAUCUACCUGACCCGGCUGCUGGCCACCAAGGGCACCCUGCAGAAGUUCGUGGACGACUUGUUCGAGACCCUGUUCAGCACGGUGCACCGGGGCAGUGCGCUCCCCCUGGCCAUCAAGUACAUGUUUGACUUCCUGGACGAGCAGGCGGACAGACACAGCAUCCACGACACGGACGUGCGGCACACCUGGAAGAGCAACUGCCUCCCUCUGCGCUUCUGGGUGAACGUGAUCAAGAACCCCCAGUUUGUGUUUGACAUCCACAAGGGCAGCAUCACGGACGCCUGCCUCUCCGUGGUGGCCCAGACCUUCAUGGACUCUUGCUCGACCUCAGAGCACCGGCUGGGCAAGGACUCCCCUUCCAACAAGCUGCUCUAUGCCAAGGACAUCCCCAGCUACAAGAGCUGGGUGGAGAGAUACUAUGCAGACAUCGCCAAGCUCCCCGCCAUCAGCGACCAGGACAUGAACGCCUACCUCGCCGAGCAGUCCCGCCUGCAUGCCGUGGAGUUCAACAUGCUGAGUGCCCUCAAUGAGAUCUACUCGUACGUCAGCAAGUACAGUGAAGAGCUCAUCGGGGCGCUGGAGCAGGACGAGCAGGCGCGGCGCCAGCGGCUGGCGUACAAGGUGGAGCAGCUCAUCCAUGCCAUGUCCAUUGAGAGCUGAGAGGUGGAGCCUCCCAUUCCUGGGAAGAGGGACCCACAAACGCUGUCACACUGGGCGUCUCAGAAGGAAGGACAAGUGAAGGGGGUCAGGCCCCAGAACUUGCUGUCCCCUGAGACCCUAACCCUGGGGAGAGGGGAGGGCCCCUCUCCCCACGCCAGCCAAGUUUCAUCCCAGCUGGUCCCUGCAGGGAGAGACCAGGGGCAUCACACCCACGACAAGAGGGACGCAGGGGCACGGAGAAGGUGGUUCUUCAAGCUGAGAGGCGCAUCUGGAUACGGUUCUGCCUCUGUGACUGCUGCUUUGCAUGAAAACUCAUUUGAUGUAUAUUGGGGAAAUAAUGAGAACUUUAUUUAAUUUUUUUUUUUUAAGAAAAAGGAAAACCAGAAAUAAAACAAAAGCCUCCCUGGUCAUCCCGUCCAACUUUGGUUUAAUUCUGCUUUCUGUCCCCCUUCCUUCUUUUGCCCCCGUCCCUCCUUCCUCACACAACUCCUGGUUCCCAACAACUGGAAAAAAAGCCUACAAAAAGAUGCUGAGAGAAAAUUACUGUUUCCUUGCCCUUGAAAUCUUUGUCUAAGGAGUGAGGAGGAGAAGAAUGAGCACAAGUUGACACCAAACAGUCCGAAGGAAGACAGGCCAAUGAAGUCAGAAGAGGUGGGGAAGGUGGGACUUGCACAAACGGGAGAGCCACUGGGCUCCACCCUGCUGAGCUUUACAUCCGCGCAUCCGUACGUUCUCUUCUCCAGUGGACGUGUGUGUCUCAAGAGCACUGAGGCUUCUUGCUCCUGUUUGGUUGGUUUCUUUAAACCCAAACCUCAACAAGCAAGGAGCUGAUUUUGGUACUUUUCCUUUGGGUUUCCCUACAGUGACUACCAGACAUGAGAGCUGGGCCUCUCCCAGAGGGGACACCUGGUCUCCUGAAGGACCCUGGGCAGCUCUGCCUUAUAUCCAUCCCCAUCGUAAACCAGGCUCCCCGGGGGCAGGGCCCUGGAGGAUCUCGGGCCAGGCCUCCAGAGGUUCCGUUCGGGAUCCGACUGGGGGACAUGGGCUUUCAGACUCUGCUCCAGUCUGCCCAUGGUUUCUUACGAUUAAAAAGAAAACAAAAUUCAAACACUUGUUUACAGCAAGCAAUACUUGAAGAGCAUAGGUUCAAGAAGCUGCAGUAUUUAUUGUUGUGCUUUCUUUGUUUUAUUCUCUCGUGCCUAGAGAAGGGAGACGACCCUUCACUCGUGUGUGGAUGCUCCUGAUGGUCUGAGCACGGGCCACAGUAGAGAGGACUGUAGCAUCCCCAGGCUGCGUCUUCUGCCUCCCUCCCUCCCUCUGCCUCUCGCGUCCUCAUGAGUUCGAAGGACAAGUGGGUGGCUUCUCACUGGGCUUCUGUCUUUCCUGCUGACACCUAAAUCCGUGGAUGCCCAGCCGUCUUGAGUGUAGUUUCCAGACAAAGAGACCAAAGCUCCAUGCCCUGAUCCAGAGGCCGCGUGGAAGGCAGUGGGGGCAUCCGGGGGAAGGACCGCCCCCACCAACACUGGUGCAGGGCCCUGUGAUCGGACCACCAGCUUCCAGGCCUCCCACCCUGGCGCGGAUCCAAGCAGCCAGCUCCAAGUUCUCUGCAGGCAGCCGCGGAGGGAGUGGGAAGGACAAGAGGAAGGCGAGGUAUGGGAAGAGAGGCCGCUGGAGAGGCCCCGUCUGCCCUGCCCUGCGAGGGGCUGCAGUGCUGGGGGUGGGCGCGGGGAGAGAGCAGACCAGGGUCACUUCCUCUGUAAUUAGCUCUGGGCCCUGGCUCCUCUGGGCCCGGAUUUACCCCCAGACCCUUCCAGUUUCCAGAGACACUGCUGACCGCACUGCAUUGCCAGGAAGGGGCUGGGGGAGGGGGAGCUCAGAAGGCUGGCUCCCACGGCUGGCGUGUGGCUUUGGAUCGGCUGGCGUGUGGCUUUGGAUCGUCAUGCUCACCGCGCAGCAGACAUCACCGGGUUGCCUCAGCUCCGGUUUCUUGCCUGAAUGCGGCUGACAAAUGGGACAAGAAAAGCUUCAGCAAAAUACUCAGGAAAUGCGCUGUUUUCAUUAUAAUUCACAACCAGCCAUGCCAGGACCGCUUCCUUCUGAUAAUCCACUUCUGCUAAAAGUUUCUCUGGGCCCUGCUAAUAGCUGAAAGAAAUCCUAAUGACUGGCCUUCUGCACUAAGCCAAAGUGUUUGCCCUUCGUAGCACCCAAAGCUUAUCAGCUCAGAGCCCAAGAUGUAAGAUGAAAGGCGAGGAGAUACUGGCAAGGGGAGCGUGAGCGGGGGGCUCUGUGCUGCCCACAGAAGAGUUCAGCCCCUCCCCUCAUUUGCUUCUGAGCUCCGAAUGAAGGUGGUCCGGUCACACCGCUGCUUAGACCGGCACCUCGGGCUUUGCUCCACCAAGAAGUAAAAGCUAGACAUCUCAGCUGCGUCAUGACCAAUCCUGACCUCUGUGCGUCUACCCACUGUUUCCCAGCAGCUACCUUUGGUGACCACUCACCACCCCUGGGGCUGCGUCCUUGAUGGUCUUGCGGGGAGUGGGAGAAUGGUAGGGGGAUGGCCACUCAGAGAGUGGACAGGAGAGGCACCAGAGCUCACACGAGAGGUUCCACCGCCUUUCUCAGGAUUCCUCAGGAGGACUGGGGAAGGGGGGCUGGCGAAGGAGGUGGCAGGAGGCAUCCCUAAAGAAGGAAGGAAGAUCAAGGAAAACUACACAGGAUUCAAGUCAGGCCGUGAGGAUGAAAGGUUGGAGAGCCUUGCUUGGCUUUGGGUCACCAAGAGUCCAUGCCCUGCGGGAUGGGAGGAGAGAGCCUCCCUCCUCACCGCCAUCCAAUGCGGAGACAUGCUAACCUCGUGUAAGGAAUAAGUGUUCAAGUCACAGCCUCUGCCUCCACACAAAGCCAUCCAUCUUGGAGGGAAGCUGAGAGAGCCUGCUGUCUCUGAAAGUUUGAUCCAGAUCCAUCUUGUUUCACUGAAGUGCGCAAGAGACAGUUAACCAGAAAAGGGCAAGCACCCUAGAAAAUGCGCUUGACAAGACAGAGGGUGUCCACGCUCGCCACGAGAUGGGCGAGCUGCCCUGAGCCCCUCCAGCUGGCCUGCUGCCGCCUCCCAACCUCCUCAGGGGCUCUGGGGCUUCCAGGCCUACCCCCCACUCCUGUCACCCUGCUCCGGCCCAACUCAGAACCAUCUCUGAUCCAGUUCUGGCAGAGCGCUCCCCAUCCUCGGAAAGUUCAGUCAUUGAAAGCAAGGAGCCCCUGGGAGCCUCACUCGUGGGAUGGAGCUGUUUCCUGCAUGCAUUCAUUCAUUCAGAGAGCAUUCCUAAGCUAAGGCUGUUCCCUAGGCCCUGCUCCAGGUGCUGAGGAAUGAUCGAGACUGAGAAGGACCUCCUUCUAACACACGGACAUUCUUCCACUUGCUGGCUCCUAGCACCACCUCAGCCCUCCUCCCAGACCUGCAGAGGGCACGCGUUUUGGAGGAAAGGGGAGCGGGAAGGUGGAAGAAAGCCGACUGACCCAGCUGCCUUACCUGCUUCCGGGGACAGUCCUCCAGUCACAAGGGCCUUUCUUGUCCCCACCAUUGCCAUCUCUUCUGGUGGCCCUCUGCCUACCGCUUGAGCUCCUGACCUUCCUCCAUUUCCGCCAAAUGAGGACAAGAAAUAAUAGUCAAGCCCUCUGGCCCUGCUGAGCACGAAGCAGAAGCAAUGGAUGGGGUGGGCUGGACUGCGAUGGUCUGGGCAGCACAAAUAAAGAAUGUUUCUAGAAGCCUCUGGCUGAUCAGCCUCCAGGCGCAUCCUGGUUGCCACACCUGCCCCCACUCAGUUCAGUUCAGUCGCUCAGUCGUGGCCGAUUCUCGCAACCCCAUGGACCACAGCACGCCGGGCCUCCCUGUCCAUCACCAACUCCCAGAGUUUGCGCAAACUCAUGUCCAUCAAGUCGGUGAUGCCAUCCAGCCAUCUCAUUCUCUGUCGUCCCUUUCUCCCGCCUUCAGUCUGUUAACCCUUCUCCCGCCUUCAGUCUGUUAACCCGCGGCAAAUACUGAGCCGGCAGCUGCCCCAGAGGGGGGCCCACUGUUCCUUGCCACGCUGUGUCCUGACUCAGGCUCCUGGGGCCUGGCCUUGGACGGGAAAGAACUGAGACUCAGGAGAGGGAGCUCUGUGGGUGAGAGGAGUUUGGCGGACCCGGGCCGCUGGAAGUGGACCCCGUGGGUUCAGGGCCUUCUGGUGCCUCGUCUCAGGAAGAAGCUUUGAGAAGGUGGCAGCAUCCUCUUCGUCACCCCGCCUGUCUUCCCCAACCUCUUCCCUUUCUGCCCGUUUCCCCAAGAGUGAAGGUGUAGCCUCUGGGGCCCACGAUGUCAUGGAUGAGAGAUGAGUUUCACCCCUGGUAUUAGGGAGCUCCUGGGAGACAGGGCCUUAGCCCGUCAGCAAACUGGAGAGUGAGUCUUGGUGGACAUGCUCACUGCAUUCCCCUCUGCCCUCUGCGCUGCGGCCUCAAGGGGAAGGGAGGCCCAUCCGGAUUUCGGUCACAGCCCUGACUCUGGCCUCCUGUGCGCUCCAUGUCGGCAUCACGGCAGGAGAACGUGCUGGAACGUGGUUCCCCCUACAGAGCAGAUGUGUCAGGGACGGGGGGACAAGCUCUUUAGACCACGAGACUAGGGACCUGAGCCCGCCUGCCUCUCCCCUCAACUGCUCCUUCCCAAACCCACUCUUCUUGAGACACUGGAAUCUGUAUUAUAUAUAUAUAUAUAUUUUUAAGAAAAUAGAAUAAUAGCUGUCUGGUUUUGUUGUUUUUACAGGUGUUGUGGAAUAAAAGCUGUAAGAAAAUUACGUAUUUAAAAUGUUCCAAUAAAAUGGGGUUUUUUGUUACUCUAAUAUAUUAUUGUGUACCUAUUGUAAAUAUGAAACACUCCUAUUUUGCAAGCCAAGGACACAAUUUGUACUGUUGUUAUAUAUAAAUAAAGUUUACUGGAUAAAAACCUUA